CUAAAGCGUCUGUUCUCUGUUGCCAGUCUCAGCAUCGCUCAGUUUGUGCAGGAGGCUGCAGCUCCUUCCUCCAGGAUCUCUACCAGCAUCACUCUCAGCUGGGAUCACUUCAUGAUUUCUUCUUCUUUUCUUCCUUUUUUUUUUUUUUUUUUUUUUUUUUGGUAAAUGGAUGACAACAGCCAACCGUAUAUAACUGGAUUUCUCGCAGCUGAACUAAUUUGAGUUCAGACACGGGAUCUGGAGAGGCGGGGGGAGAGAUCAGACAGACCAGGGCGCUGCAAGUCCGCUUCUUGUGUUGUUUGUUUGCGGGAGCAGCACUUCAUUGUGCCUUGGAUAUGGGACCGUGCGGCAGCCCAGCGGGAUCCGGAUCCGGUGCCGUGGGAAGCGCGUCCUCCUGAAGCAGGAAAAAGACCCUCUGCUGGGUUUUCUUCUUCUUCUUCUUUGAUUUUAAUUAUUCUCUCAAGAGAGGGGCGGCUUUGAGAUUUACUCGCCGGAAUGAUGCGUCCCAACCGCGGCUUCAUCCUGCUCCUCCUCAACGGAACCGCUUGUUUGGUGGUGAUGGGUCAAGAAGAUGACUCCUCCAACUCCAAGAGCUCCUCGGACGCCUCCUCCAAGACGGUGGGCCUUCUGAACGGACAAGCCUCUCACUCGCCUCUGAGCCGAUGGAUGCAGCACAGUAAAAACAGAGCUGCUAACUCCACCUCCCUGGAGCUGCCUUACCGCUCCCCAGUCCCUUUCUCCAAGCAGGAGUUCCCCAAACAAGAGUUCUGGGAGAUGUUGGGCAGCGACCCGCUCAAACCAGACGCCGCCAGCUCCAGGGUCAAGCGCCGGCCGAUCGUUAAGACCGGCAAGUUCAAGAAGAUGUUCGGCUGGGGAGACUUCUACUCCAACAUCAAAACGGUGAGGCUCAACUUGCUCAUCAGCGGCAAGAUUGUGGAUCACGGCAACGGCACUUUCAGCGUAUACUUUCGCCACAACUCGACGGGUCAGGGCAACAUCUCAGUCAGCCUGGUCCCGCCCGUCAAGGCCGUGGAGUUUGACCUGGAGCGCCAGAGUGUCGUCUACCCAAAAGACUCCAAGAUAUUUAACUGCCGCGUGGACUACGAGAAGGUGGAUCGGAGCAAGCGCAUCUCGGAGUGCAACUACGAUCCAUCCAAGACCUGCUUUCAGGAGCAGAUCCAGAGCCACGUGUCCUGGAUUUGCUCCAAGCCUUUCAAAGUCAUCUGUAUCUACAUUUCCUUCUACAGUACGGACUACCGCCUAGUGCAGAAGGUUUGCCCGGACUACAACUACCACAAUGAGAUGCCCUACCUGCCUUCAGGCUAGAGGAAGCAUGAGGGGUAGGAGAGAGGAAAAGUGGGGGUGACUGAACAUGUGAGGAGGAAACUAGGGCGGAAAAUGUCAGCAAGACACCUUAAAACAAAAUAAAACAUGUAGCCUGACUAUUGUAAGAUGUAAAAACAUAUAUGCAAACUACAGUAUGCAUUUAGGAAACAUCCGAGACUGGCAGUGAAACUACCACCAACACAUUUUACCUCAGUCCCAUUUCGAAACUCGAACAACUGCGCAGCAUUCAUCCAACCAAUUUAGUCGUUUCUGAAUCUUAUCUGAGUGUCCUUCUUAAUCGCCCUUUGCAAAGUCGCGAGAAUUGAAAGUGGGCUUUUAAAUGGUGCGGUAAUUCACAAGAGAGCUGCAGACAGAUUCAGCGUUUAUGAUAAUUAUCAUGUCGUGUUUAACAUUGCGCUCUCUAAAGAUGAUUUAAACAGACCACGGGGAACAUAAAGUAUUCAUUUGCUCACAAAGUGCAGAUGAAUGUGGAGUGUAGCCAACCGCAGCGUCAUUAAAGUGACGCUCAGACCUUUCAAAGGGCAGACGUUUAUGGGAACUCGUGCCAAAACAAUGCCAAAACUUCUGACACAAACAUCAGCGAAUCCCAGUAUAUCCCUCAAUUAAAUCCCCUCCAAAUAACAUGUAUAAAUAAAAAGAAAUUGCUUUGCAGCAUUUCAGGUCCAGGGCUUAGGACAAGCUCGGUGUGAAGGCAAUAACGAGAUUGUACGGCGGUGCAGAAUUGGAACCUCCACACUGAUGAGAGAGAGUACAAGGUAGCAGGGUGAGAGAUGCAGAGAUUCAGAGCUGUUUUAAUUAAAGUGGAGAAGGAGACGUGGGGUAUGCGGCGCCGUCUAUUGUCCCUUCUGUAUGAAAAAGAUUACAUUUUGUUGCCGUCAGGAUUCCUGAUUUCACGCCUUGAUAACUUUGACUGUGUGCAGGAGAUUGCUCUCUCUCUCUCUCUCCUGACAAAUACUGCAUUCACCAAAGUAAACCCAGUUAUCUUGAAUAAAUGAAAAUAUUAUCAUAAUAAUUACAUAUAAUUUAAUCUCUUUCAGAUGUAAUUAAGGCUUCAAUGAGAGCGCAAAAUGUGUUCCUAAAAAUCGAGUCAGUGGGAAGGAGGAUAAGAGAAUAUACAGUGAGGAUUGUUGGGGUGUAUUCGCACGGCGCCAGCAGCCACAGUUUAGCCCUGAGUUAACUGCUCUCAUUAAGAUAAACGGCCACUAGCUGGCCCGUCUCAUGUUACACACACAAACAAUAUCAGUGCACAGCCAAGAAAUAAAUCAAGUUGCCUAAAUCUUCCCAUGUUGAAAGGUUAUGAGGACACAACGACUUUUUGGUUAAUUAACAAGAAACAUUCACAAGACAGGUGUGAGGAGCCAAUGAGCAGAUCAGAUAUCCAGUUCGAUGCCGAUGUGGUGUGGCAUUGGUGAUAAAGUUCAGAGAUGAGCGGAAGCAGCAUGCUGGUUCCCAGAUGGAAAUGUAAAGCCGUCCUGUGGGGGCCCGAGCAUUAGCUGCUUCUUUGUGCCACUUUACUUACAGAGAGUCAGCACAAAAAACAAAAGUAGGACAACAAAUUUUAUUUAACCCUUUCAUGCAUAACAGUCAGUGCAGUGGACAGCUACCUUGUGUUUCCUGUGGAUUUUUAUGUACUUAAUGCACACAGACCACUGAAGUGGACGCUAGUGUGUCAGACAAUACACAGCCAACUACUGGCCAUCUACUGCAAAGUAAAUCCAAUAUGGCAGAAAAAGACAUGCCUCCAAUCCCUCCUUCUACUGUGGAGUCAAGUAAAGACUAAUACUACUGAUGUAGUAGUAUUAGUAUUACUGCACCUUCAUUGACAUAAAGGUGCAGUAUGUAACUUUUAUUUUAAAAAAAUACUUCUUACCUAUGUUCCAAAUAACCUACAACUGAUCACAUGAAAAAAAUCUUAGAAAUCAAACACACUUUGGAAACAAUCCUCACAUAAGGGAUCAUAAUUCAUGCAUGAAAGGGUUAAAACUGCAAAUAUAUACACAUUUAUAGAGAGCCUCAGUGAAAACAUCUUUAUAUAUACUUAACUCUGUGGUGCAAAACUGAACUGAUGAAAUGAUCAGUACAUUAUUGUGAGAGAAUGCAAUAGAAAAACAAAUCCUCCAUGUCCUUUAGAGGCUCCGUAGCACAAAUACCAACAUUUGGACAAAAUAUUGACCCUUUGCAAAUCGAGGCGCCAUGAUGGACGUCGGAAGUGAGGGACGGAGUACUGAACAGAGCGACUGAAGUUGUUUUUUCCCGUUUAUUCGUGGCUUGUACUUGUUCGAGUCGAGCUAAUUUGUCUGUGAACGUAACACACCUGGUUGUGGCUCACAGUCGCUGGCAUUUACAGACGUUUGAAUUAGCUAGCUUAAAAACCGACCCAUACCUUCUCUCUCCUGACGUGUUGAUCAAAUUACCGACUUUGCUUGAAUUCACACCACAUGAUUUAUGUCACUAUUCCAUGAACAGCGUUUC